AUGUUACAAUACAGGUUUUUAUGCAUAAUCAUAUGGUACUCUUUGUUGAAUGCACAAACCGAAAUUCCGGUUCAGAUAGUAAAGUUAUUAGACAAAAAGUCGUAUGUUGAAUACAAAUUUAUUGAAUGGAAUUAUGCAGUUGAUGGACCACAAUUGACCUUACCAAUACGAUUCCGUACUCGUUCAAUCGAUGGACGUCUGAUAACAUUAUCUGCACGAGGAAUUGAAGACAACAUAUUCAUUCUUUCUGCAUUUAUUGACAAUGCAGCGGUUGUCGUUGAUUUGAUCGAUGGACAGCGAAAAAUUAUCAGAAAAACGAAGAAACAGUUACUCGGUGUUAAUAAUGGCAUGGAAUAUUCGAUGUCAAUUCAAUUAAAUUUGGGAAGAAAAAUGUUAAAAAUGAUUUACGGUGAAGGAGCGGUGGAUUCAUAUGAUUUCACUAAUCAUAUCAAAGUUGAAAAUCGUAUGCAACUUGCUAUUACAAUUGGAAGUGACAAAGGAUUAAAUAGUGUAAUUGGUUGUGUUACAAUCGUCGGUUUAACGAUUGGUAAUCGUUUUGUAUUCGAAUUGAAAGAAAAGAAACGUUCUGAGAAUGUUAAAAGUGAUUGCGAAAUGCUCUGCACAAAACAACAAUGCAAUAAGGGUAGCUGCAUUGAUUUAUUCCAUACAGCUGUAUGCAAUUGCCGUGGAACUUAUCAGUCGGGAGAACAAUGUGAUGAAGCGGUGAAAACACUGAAUGUGUCUUGGGACCAAUAUAUCUCCUAUAAAAUUGAUGAUGAUGAAUCACAACCAACUAUCAUAUCGAUUGAUUUUAAGGUAAAAUUAAAAUGA